CUCAGUCAGAAUACAAAAAAAACAACUUAUUUUAAUUCGUCGAGGAAAACUGUUGAAAGUAAUGUUCCUACUUACUGCGCCCCAGGUUCAAGUUCAGAACAAACGGUUUUAUCUCGAAUUGCCGUUUAAUGAGUGCGACUGCGUCUCCACCAGAGGUGCACACAGCCGUCCAGCAGUACGAAGGGCUUCAAGAAGACCAUCAGAGAACCAUGGUGGAGUGUGAAAGACUACAGAAAGAACGAGACAAUGCCGUGAGGAAAUUGAAGGAGUUUCAGAGAGUCUCCCGCAUGGUCAUCCAGGAAGUCAACGUCAUCCAGGAGAGCCUGGAGAUCGAGAAGUCCUGCAGGCAGACCGCGGAGGCUCUCGCUACCAAGCUGAACCGUCAGAACAGGUCCCUGAAGAGAAAGAGCAUGCUGUACCUGUCCCACCUGGGCCCAGAGGUCAUUACCGAGAUCAGCCUGGAGGACGAGGACGAGCAGGAGCCAGAGGAGAGCCAGCCGGGCACCUGCAAUGCCACUGCUCACUGCCAGCAUAUCAUCUCAGAACUUCGAGGCAAGCUGGCGUCGUCUCUCGACGAAAAGAGCCGGCUCGCCGCCGAGGUAGAGGAGGCGAGAGAGGGGCUGAGGAUCGUGAGAGAGGAACUUCUGAAAGAAAAACACAACAAUACCGUUUUGAUUGCCGAGUCUGUUCAACAAAAGAAGCUCUUGGCAAAGUACAACAGAGUGUCUGUACUGGCCGUGGACGAGUACGAGGUGCUGCAGGAGGAUCUGGAUCUCGAGAAGGUUCUGCGGAGAGAGGCGGAGAGCUUUGCUCGGGAGAUGUUGGUGGAGCAGAGGAAGUUGAACAGGCAGAGCCAGAUUCUGCUGCAGAGCGCGUCGCCUGACGAAGCCCUGCAGGGGGCCUUGCGUGAGGUGUCCAGGCUCACCCAGGCCCUGGAGACGCAGCGGCUGGAACACCAAAAACAGGUGACGGAGCUGGAGGGGACGCUGCAGGGCUCGGUGCUGAGGCGGGAGGUGGAGGCCCUGCAGCGGCAGGCGCAGCUGCUGGAGGAGGAGAAGAAGGAGUGCGAGGAGAGGUGUGCCAAGGCCCAGGUGCAGGCCAAAGACCUGCGCUUCACAGUGGAGGAGCUGCAGAAGAAGCUGCAGCAGGCGGUCAAUGCUCCGUCCGGUCCAGCCCCUCCACCACCACCUCCACCUCCACCCCCACCCCUUCCUCCACCACCACCACCCUCUACCUCCAACCCCCUGAGCUCCCUUCUGUCAAUGAUCCGCAAGAGAAGGCAGAUCGCCAAUGACCUUCCUCUAGUCGCGCAGGACUCCCCCAUGAAGGAUGAAGGGAGUAAGGAUUUGGACAUCAGGCAGCAGGCUGUGGACGAGAUGAUGCAGAGAAUUAAAAAGGGGGUUCAGCUCCGACCUGUCAGCCCAUCCAACAGAGCCAGACAGACACAGAAAGAGAAGGUGGCACCCGAUUCUGCCAUUCAGGAGCUAAAAGGAAUUCUGGACACGUUCAGAAGGCCCACCCCUGGCCAGUACAAAGCGGAGGCUCCGGCGGGGGCCGGGGAGACGGAGCUGGAGAGGGUCCUGCAGAGACGACGCCGCUGCGCCCCCGAGACCGCCGCGGACGGCCGUUCGGAGGCCGCCCCGAACCCGUUCCCGAGCAGCGUGCUGGACUUGAGCCGCGUGAAGAGGACCCAGCCCCCGUCCCAAACCCCGCAGGAGCCCGGCGGGCCGGACCUCACCCCUCUGGAGACUCUCACGCCUGCCUCCACAAACGCUGACUCCAAUGGGAAAGGCCACGGGACGCUCGGUGAAUCCUGAAGGUCAGAAAAACAAAGACUGUUCCAGCUGCUAAGCAGCAUCGGUAUACAAAAAAAAAUACUGAAUAUUUACACGGCUUUUAUAAGAAAUACAUGGACAGUUCUGAGACAGCUUAUGUUGACGUUUAAUCAAUCUCUAUGCAGAAUUUUUGGUGAGAUUUUCCUCAAAUCUAAAUUGAAUAGAUUUACUUGAAAUGUGUCCCUUUAAAGUUUUAAUGCAGAGAUAUCACACAGGUGGUUACAUGGAAAAUUGAAAUGCCAAGUAUAAAUUUAAUUAAGGUAAAUUAACAUUUCCCUGUUCUGAUUUACUGGUUCCAUUGUUUACAGCAUCAAAAAGCACUCCUUUAAUCUAUACUACUAUGUGUAUGUACAUGUGUGUGUGCACAUGCAUGCAUGCAUGUAUGCAUGCAUUCAUGUAUGUGUGUGGUUUAAAUGGGUAUAUCCACAGUCAAAACAUAUAAAACAUAUGUUCCCCAGUGUACAAUUUUACUUAAAAUAGAAUUACACAAAUAUUUUCAGUAUUAUGUUAUAUAUUUUUAUGUUUAGUUCAGUUCUGUUUGAUCUGAACUCAGUUGGGAGGCAUUAGUAUUGUAUUCUUUUUUGAAAUGUAUAUUUUGUGCAAUUUGUUUUAAUAUUUUACUGGUUUUUUAUAGCAUUAACCUUAUAGAUAUUAUGUUUGCAUUUAAAACUAAAGAAGCCACU